GCGCCGCCCGGACGGAGGGCAAGACGGAGGCGGACGGUGGCCGACGAGGUCAGGCAUGGAGUGUCUGGAGCGCUGCGCGUGGGUCCUCAGGGGGACGCUGGUGAGGGCGGCGGUGCGGCGCUACCUGCCCUGGGCCUUGGUGGCCUCCAUGCUGGCGGGCUCCCUCCUCAAGGAGGUCUCUCCGCUGCCCGAGAGCUAUCUCAGCAACAAGCGCAACGUCCUCAACGUGUAUUUUGUCAAAAUGGCCUGGGCCUGGACCUUCUGUCUCCUCCUGCCUUUCAUCGCCCUCACCAACUACCACCUGACAGGCAAGGCUGGCCUGGUCCUGCGGCGGCUGAGCACCCUGCUCGUGGGCACGGCCAUCUGGUACUUCUGCACGGCUAUCUUCUCCAACAUCGAGCACUACACGGGCAGCUGCUACCAGUCGCCAGCCCUGGAGGGGCCCAGAGAGGAGCCCCAGAGUAAGCAGCAGUGCCACGGGGAAGGAGGCUUCUGGCACGGCUUUGACAUCUCAGGCCACUCCUUCCUGCUGACCUUCUGUGCCCUCAUGAUCGUGGAGGAGAUGGCCGUGCUGCACGAGGUGAAGACGGACCGCAGCCACUACCUCCACGUGGCCAUCACGACCCUGGUGGUCGCGCUGGGCUUCCUGACCGUCAUCUGGGUGUGGAUGUUUCUGUGCACGGCCGUGUAUUUCCACAACUUGUCCCAGAAAGUGUUUGGCACCCUGUUCGGUUUGCUGGGCUGGUAUGGGACCUACGGGUUUUGGUAUCUGAAAUCCUUUUCCCCAGGACUUCCUCCCCAGAGCUCUAGUUUGAAUUUGAAGCAAGACAGUUACAAGGAAUAAAAGAGAAACACAAGGGACGACAGCAGGACAGUGGCUCAUACAUUUUCCAUUUCUGUUUCUUAGCUGUUUGACUAAAUUAUUGAUCCAACUUCCAGGAGGAAGCUUACCAGGCAGUUUUGGUGGGUGACAGUGGAGUCUGGGGAGCGAGGUCAGGCCCCAGAGUGUUCUUGGCGGCAUCACCCGGUGUCCCAAGCACAGCCAUUCCCACUUGGGCACUUUGCAUCCCUGGCAAGACUUGACCUUAAUCUGGAAUGUUCCUUUUUUUCCUUUGAGAGCCAAGCUCAGGCUCGGCGAGAGGACAGAAUCAGGAAAGCCUCUACUGUGUGGCUGAAGGGGUGCAGGGCCUCAGGACUCUGCUCUGCUGCCGUCAGACUCCCCCCGGUUCUGGCUGUCUUCUGUGUUAAUGGCUGUUAAUGCUGUUAUUUAACAAUAUUUCCCUCUGGUGAAUUUCACGUAAGCACUUAUUUCCAGCAGGGUUCUUCACAAAACAACUGACCACCUGAAAGACACACUCUGGUUGUAAUAUUCGCUUCAUCCAUGGAAUGUUAAAUAUUACAACUGGCUUGUGAUUAGCUACCAAAACGGUUAAACCCGAGUGCCUCUUCAACCGGGUAUGGGAUGAUUUUUAUGUAAUGAACAUUGAUAACUUUCUGUCCACAUUGUCUAUUAUAUAGUGGUUUCUGGAGCAUUAAGUUUACUUACUUUCCCCCUUCUAUUUUGAGUGAAUGCUUUCUAGUUUUUAAUAACAACUAAGGUAUUUGUUCUUUGUUGACAAAACUCCCGAAAAUAAUUCACCGCUCCGGUGCUGCGCUCUGGCAUGUGUGUGGAUUGUUUUGAGGGUUUUUUUAGAACACUAAUUUACUUUUUGAUAAACCAAACUCUUGGCUUACACUAUUCAAUUCAACCUCACGGGUCUGUUUUCUCUGUUAAGGAGAAAACCAGAAAGCAGACGUUUUAGUAACUUAAUGAAUUUUAAGCUGAGUCAGAGUAAUUUCGCAAAGUGCGUAUUUGCCCUGAAACUCUCCUGACCACAUGUCAGUGGUAUAGACUGAACAGUGCUGCGAAGUUCUGUGAUUAUAAGUCUUGCUGUGACUCAAGGCUUUUUACUUUUGGACAAGAUUGUAAGUCAGAAGUGGAGGAAAAUGUCUUCCCUUGCUUCUGAUGGCAAGAAGCCAGCUCUUUUGCAAAAAUGUUCUUGUUAAAUGGUGGUGUGACUUUGGCCACACCUUCCUCUUACCACAGCAAACCUAGGCCUGUUCACCUGGCCUUGAACUUGAUUUUCUUUCCCAUUUGUUGCACUUCUCAAUUUCCAGCCUUGUCCUUGGGUGGCCUUCACCGUGAGAUUGCUGGGAAGGGUUGGAAACCUUGUCCCCUCCAGCCCACAAAGGCACAGUUACUGCUCUGUGGUAAGAUGCUCCUUCCCCUCUCUCAGGUUGUCUCCUGAAUCCUUUCAAAGGGAGCCCCUUGCAUUUUGGGGAAUCAUCCUGGAAGCUUCUUUGAUGUCCCUCCCCCUAGUCAAGCCCUGUUAUAGCAUCAGUCGAUAAGCACUGCAUUUGGCUGGCUUAGCUGAAGCUCCGGUUGUUAGAAGCCUGAGGUCUGGAAAAUCUUCAGUGUAAAUUGUAUUGCGUAUAAAGAUGUACGGAGAAUAUGUCGUUCGUGUCCCAUCCGGCCACAGGUUAACCUGUAUUGAUCAAAAUGUGGUGUGUGAUGUGUUGUACCCAAAGGUGGCAGAAACACCUGGCAGUGAGAUUUUGGAGGUGUUGCCAUGGUGUUUUGGGAGCAUUGACAAAUAUGAAGGGCCCCAGGGGAAUUUUUUUGCCCUCUGGAGUUUACAUCCAUAAACCAGGGGUGAAAGUGGGGUGGGGGAGGUGGCAGGGUCUUGUCGAAGGGAUUGAAAUCUCUCCUAGGUUUCUUGUUCAGCACCAAAAGGCAACAGGCACAGGGCGAGUCCAGAAGUCCAUUCUUUUAAAUCUCCAGGAGUUUCUCCCAUGCAAGUCUGGUUCAGGCCCAGCCUUUAAUGAACUCCAUGGAAAGCGUCCGUUUCCCAAUCUUGUACACAGGUUGGUCUGCUGCCUCUUCCUAUUCAGUCUUAGCACCUUUGCCUGUCUCUUGGGAACAUGCUCUUAAUCUCAAUGUGAGACAGCACGGUGAGGCUGAAAGAGUUUGGGUCUAGGCAAACGAGAGAUGUGGGUCCAAGUCGUGGCACCAGUACUGAGAGCUGUCUGACCCUGGGCAAGGCUCAUUUUCCCCAUCUGUAAAAUGGAAAUGGUCCUGUUCGGAUUAAGGGAAAUGAGGCAUGUAAAAUGCCCAGCACAUGUGCUUAGCAGGCGGUAGUCCUCCUGCCUCCGGUUUCUUGACCAAGCCUUUAGGACUUCUUGGCUCCUCUAGAGAAGGCAGGGAACCUGACAUCUUCUGGGUAUUGUUCGGGGCCUGGGUGUCCUGUUGAAAUAGCCUUGUAUUGUCCUUUGAAAAGUGUCUGUUCCCCAGGUGCUGAACAGGAGGCUUUCGAGGGCAUCUGUGACCAGAGAGUACUGCGUGCUUGUUAAUCUUUCCGUGUUGGGGUGCAUUCACUGGUGCCUCAUUUUCCACGUGCAUCUGUCACAGUCUGAGUACCAGAUUGUAUUUGGAGAAUGGUCCUUGUCACUGUUGUAUACACACACAGAUCGUGUUUGUAAACAGGCGUAUUAAGUAAACUGGAGAUCAUGAAAUCCCACA